AUGGGUAAUACACUAGGUAGGGAAAUUAAAGUUGAUGAAACAACAUUGAAGAAAGAAAUUGGUUACUAUUCCAGUGUAUUAGUGGAGAUAUAUUUAGCAAAGUUCAUUCCAUGCAAAAUAGAGGUUAAAACCAAAUAUGAAAUAAAAGAAGUGAAUCAUCUACAUCAAAUACUCAUGAACAAGGAGUGGAAAAGCCAAAGAAGAAAUGGAGAAAAAAACAAUCUCAAGAAGUUGUUGGUUUUGAUAUUUGCUUCCCAGAAAAAAAAUUAUGAACAGUUUAAAGAAACCAUUAUAGAAUCUCCGAACAAUACUGAGUUAUCUAUUCAUCAACGAGGAGAACCCUCUUCAGGUAGAUUCCAUAUCUUACAAGAUCCUCCAGAAGAAUUUACAGUCAAUAUGAAACCUCACAUUAUUCUUGUUUCAUCAACUUCCCAAGAGUCAGUGGAGAAAGUGAAAGAUAAACAUAUACCAAAAGAAAGAGUUAUAAAGCCUAAUGUGACCACAAGGAAACAAGCAGCUUCCAGUUCAUGGCCUGAGAUCAAAAGCAAAGAUGUUGGUAUUAUUGGUAGCAAAAAAAUUCAGGAUUUUAGUCCUUCUUUGAUUUGGCUAUCAGGGCCAAAAAUAAAUGUGAAAAAAGACACUAUCAAGAAGUUGAGUCAAGAAAUUACUAUUGAAGUGGGAGGUUCUCUAAUUACAAGUAUUCAUGCAGCAAGUUUGACAGUGGAUGGAAGAGCAUUAUGGUCAACUCUGGAGGAAAUUAACAAUUUAAAUAAACCAUGGUUAAUAUUAGGUGAUUUUAAUGCAGUCUUGAGUAUUGAAGAAAAGAAAGGUGGAAGAAGCCCACUAAGAGUUGCAAUGUUAGAAUUCAAUAGUUGUGUUCAUAACUGUGAAUUAAUACAAGCACCUAAAACUGGAUUGGAGUAUUCCUGGUGUAACAACAGAGUAAGAUCAAAAAGAAUUGUUUGCAAUCUAGAUAGAACAUUCUAUAAUACUAAAUGGUUAGAAAAAAAUCCUAGUUGGGGAUAUAAAGUGGGAGUCAGAGGUGUCUCUGACCAUGGAUACUUGUGUGGAGCAAAUGCAAUAAUUCCAAAACCAGCUGAUAUUCCUUUUAGAGCUCUCAAAGUAUGGAUAGAACAUGAUGGUUUCUUCAAACUAGUAGAAGACAAUUGGAAGUUGUCUAUUAAAGGUAAUCCUGGUUUUUUUUUCCUAUCCAAAUUAAAAAGAUUGAAACAAAUUAUAAAAGAUUGGAACUGGAAUGUUUUUGGUGAUGUUAAUCACAAAAUUCAACAAGCUGAGAAAAAUGUUAUGGAAGCAGCUUUGGAAUCAGAUAGAAAUCCUUAA